GGUGGAUGACAGGAAACACGCAGACAUCUCUCAGAGAACAAUGUCUGAUCAAGCAACAGGACUGAAAACCAAUUUUGCUCUUUUCCUCUCUUCCUCUCUCCAGGUCUGUGGAUAGCCAGGCGUUCUACCAUGCCUGUCCCCCCACCCCUCAAUCCCUGCAGACAAAAACACCUACCCCACUCACACACCCACCCUGAACAAAGGGCAGAGCCUUCCACCUCUCCUUCCCUCCUUCCCCCAUUCAUCCUCUCUCUCUCACUUCUCCUCCCUCUCCUUGUCUCAUCUUUGCCCUCCUCAUCUCGCCUCGUCCACUGCGCGUGUCCCAGGGCCACAAAAAGAACCAUUCUCGGGGCAGUCCCUUUCCCGGCGUUCCAUCUGCUGACUCUAGUCACAUGCUGCCUGCUGCCGUCUCUGAUUGGAGCAGGGGAGACGUGGGGCGUGGUCUCGGCCUGUCCCUUCCACUGCGUGUGUCGGAACCUCUCGGAGUCGCUCAGCACGCUCUGUGCCGACAAGGGCCUCCUGUUUGUCCCACCGCACGUUGACCGGCGCACCGUCGAGCUGCGACUGGCGGACAACUUCAUCACGGAGGUGGGCGAGACAGACUUUGUCAACAUGAGCGGAUUGGUCGAUUUGACUCUGUCGAGGAACACCAUCCACCUGAUUCGACCGAUGGCCUUUGCGGACCUGGAGAGUUUGCGUUCCCUGCACCUGGAUGGUAAUCGCUUGACCAUACUGGGACCCAGGGACCUCGCAGGUUUGGAUAAUCUGCAACAUUUAAUCAUCAACAACAACCAGCUGAUCAAAGUCGCUGUCCAGGCGUUUGAUGACUUCUUGCUCACUCUGGAGGACCUGGACAUGUCCUACAAUAACCUCCCGAGGGUACCAUGGGAGUCCAUUCAGAACAUGGCCAGCCUGCACACUUUGAACUUGGACCACAACCUGAUAGACCACAUAGCGGAAGGAGUCUUCGGAGAGCUGUACAAGCUUGCAAGACUGGAUAUGACCUCCAACCGGCUCCGCACCCUGCCCCCUGAUCCGUUCUUUGCUAGGUCUCAGACCGGUGCAAUAAGUCCCACCCCCUACAAUGCUGUCAUGAGUCUGAACUUUGGGGGCAACCCGCUGCACUGCAACUGCGAGCUGCUGUGGUUGCGGCGGCUGAUCCGAGGGGACGACAUGGAGACGUGUGCCACACCUCCUCACUUGGCUGGAAGGUACUUCUGGUCAAUUCCUGAAGAGGAGUUCACUUGCGAACCGCCUCUCAUCACCCGUCACACCCACAAGCUGUGGGUCUUGGAGGGCCAGCGAGCCACACUCAAGUGCCGUUCCAUUGGCGACCCUGAACCAGUCGUCCACUGGGUUUCCCCAGAUGACCGCAUUAUUGCCAACUCAUCCCGGACCAGCUCCUUCAGUAAUGGGACCUUGGAUAUGUUAGUAACGGUUGCCCGGGAUGACGGAGCGUACACGUGUAUCGCAAUAAAUGCAGCAGGUGAAGCCACUGCUACUGUGGAACUGAAAAUAAUCCCCCUGCCUCACACAGGGAAUAACAACGUGAACACCAAGACCAACAGGAACGUGACUAAUGGGAUUUUACGUACUGAUCCAGGAUCCUCGGAUAUCAGCACAGGGAAAAAUGGUGGGAUUAACAAUGGACGUGGAGGAGAGGUGGACCAAGGACGAAGAGGUGGAGGGGAGGAUGGAGAAGGUGACAGCGGCAGGGCCAUUGAAGGAGAGAGAGCUGAUGGAAGGAGCUUGGAGGAGGACGACAGCGAGGAGGAGGAACUCAGGAUGGUUGGAGUAAUAGGAGUUACGUCAACCUCGGCUCAGGUUCGAUGGGAUUUGGGGAGUUUGUCUGCAGCUUACGUUGUCUGGAUGUAUCAGAUACAGUACAACUGCACCGCAGACGACACCCUCGUCUACAGAAUUCUGCCUUCGACCAGUGAUCGGUUCCUGUUGAAGAACCUGGUCUCCGGUGUGGACUACAACCUCUGCGUGCUGGCCAUUUUUGAUGACACAAUCACGUCAUUCGCAGCAACAAAAGUACUGGGCUGCACCACGUUCUCCACCAAGGAUGUCUACCCAGCAUGCCGCUCUCUCCAAGCCCACUUUUUGGGCGGAACACUUACCAUCCUGGUUGGCGGUGUUGUUGUGGUCACCUUACUCGUGUUCACUGUGGCGCUCAUGGUCCGCCAUCGCGUUUGCAAUCAUGGCGACCACAUGAUAUGUCACAGCGGCAACACAGAGGCAGGGGCCUGCUGUCAAGGUGGAAGCGUAGGGGGUGGGGACAAAGGGGGGAACGGUGGCGGGUGCUACCAAUCAAAUGGUUCGGGGGACGUGAUGAUGGUGGUCCUACCCAAUGGUGUUUCUUCCAAAAGAGGAGGGGAGAAGGACAGGGACAAGGAGAAGGAAAAGGAAGCAGAAGAUUCCUCUCUGCCUCCAAAACUCCCCCCAAAGCCCAGGCCCAAGCCUAAAGUCAGCCUGGAGCAGUUUAUUUCAGCUGGGGGGGUCGUUUCUACCACGGCAGGGGCAGUAGGGGAAAUGGCGUUGGUGGUGAGGCAGAGGAAGCUUGAGAAGGCGCCGCCCUACACACCUGAAAGUGACAGAACUCCCCUCUACUACUCCCCUUCCCCCCCAUCCACCCUGCCCCGUCAGUCACGCUCCAGGGGUCACCCACAACCCCGUCUGGAGCGAGAACUGACGACUCGGGCCAGUUUCUCUCUGGCUGCGCCUCUGAGGGACUCGGAGCUGUUGGACUGGAGAAUAAUGCCCCAGGGCAGGGACCAAUGGAACUCCUCACAGGCUUAUCAGAGCCCUCUAUCCCUUCGAAGUCCUGCACGUGGGACCGUUAGCAAACGCAGACACUCGCUGGACAUGGGCUCGUCUGUUGCCUUAGCGACUGACGCGGCGGCGACGGUGGCCAAGCGCUACGGCGCUGUUACUUACGCCAAGCGACUGAGCGUCAUCUGGACGAGGAGGAGCCAGUCGCUUCACGGAAUGCUGGUGCACUGCGCCUCAACAGCGAGCACGGCAUCUUCCACGACCAGCGAAGAGGGCGAAUCUGGCGGGGGCUUUGGAGCACGCUGCCAGCUCCAGCGAGGAUACCUCCACGCGUACAACACCACCAACUCCAACUCUAACACUGGGAUCACGACUGGGAAGGCCGGGAGUGUAAAAGAGAGAGGGCGGGAGAGAGGAAAGGAUGGAAAGAACACAGAAGAACUGGAGGAAAGUGUUGUGUAGUGGAUCGGAAUCAAAAGGUUAAGAGGGAUAAAGGGUUCUGCGAGAGGACAGUUUGAACGGGAUCUUGAUUUGAGCAGAGUAAGGAGGCAGGACAGGGGGAACUUGAUGGCAGUUGAGGAAGAGAAGGUUGCUUUGACUGGAGAGAAGUCAGGAAAAGGGGAGAGGAAACGGGGAAGUGCACCUGGAAGUGAGGUUGAGAUUUUUUAAGAGGUUCUUUACAGCUGACCUGAAGAGUGACGGGAGGAAAAAUGUGGGAGAAAGUGUAGCAGGGGAUAUUUAACAUUGAGGUAGAAAAUGAACAUAGUAACAAACAAACAAAGCUCUAGGUCGAGACAGUGACAGUUGUGAGAGGAGCCAAUGUGAGAGAGGAGAGAGAGAGACGUAAUCAAAGGGAAAACAUCGAUAGAGCAACAAGAUGAAGGUUAUUUAGCAGGGACAGAGAUUGCGUGAGCUCAGCGUGGCUUUUCAGUAAAGUCUUUAAACUAAUAGAACCAGACUCCUGUUAACACUUCAGUUAUCCUGGGAACCAGCACUCACAACACCACGAGGGUUUACGCUGGAUCAAGAACUUCUACACACUCGGGAAAUUUGGGCAAAUUACCUCCCUCUGACAAAAAUGCAGCAGUAAAAGAAAACAUUUCGAUUCUAUAGACGUAAUAUGUUAUCUUGGUUUUUGGCGUCAACACCGAUGGCCAGUUAGAAACUCUUUUUUCAAAACACAAUGAAUGUGACUUUUAUGUGUCCUCUGUGGCUGGACAAUGAUUUUGGCUCGCCAUGACUGUGGAUUAUGGGAGCAUAAAUACAGCGCCGGGUGCAUUGGACAUGAUCAAUCGAUAUGGACUGGAGAGAGCGAGGGGAGCAAAGACCUUAUUAAAAAAGAAAGUCAUCGGGAUUACAAUGGAGUCGAUAUGGAUUACAAAAUGGAAGAGGCAGAGCUGUGUGAUGGAACAUGUACACAUGUGCAUUCCUGACAGAAAGAUCAGAUUGGAUCUAGCACAACUAAGGACCAAACUAAUUAAUAAUGCUAACGAAUGCAUAGGUGUGCAUUCACUGACGGAUCAGGGACAGGAUGUGUGUAUGAGUGCCUGUGUGUGUAUUUGUGUGCGCACAUGUCAAUGAAUGUUUGUGAGGGGAAAUCCAGUCAAUCCAUCUUCAAAAUUGUUUCACGCUCUCUGGACAUGGCUGUAAAAUAAUACGUCUGAAAAUGUAAGAUUCAAGGUGAACAACACGUCAAAGUGAUAUUUUCACCAGAGCAAAUCACUAUUCACAGCAACGAGGCUUGGUCAGAAAGCAGCAACCAUUAAUGGGAAAGAACGAUUCCAGAACCAUUUUUUGUGACUUCAGGUUUUUUUGUGCCACAUGGGUUCACGGUAAAUCCAAACAGUGAAUGUUUUCAGAAAGGAACCAGUUGAAAAAACAUGAGGCCACUGACGAUAUAAACUCUUGGGAGAACUACACCGGAACGAAUGAUCCAUAAGGACAGACAACAGAGACUCUUCAAAUCAUCUAUAAAUGGAAAAAAAAGAAAACUUGAAAAGUACAUAUAUAUAGUAUACAUAUAUAUAUAUAAAAUGAUGUUACUUGUCGCACCAUGUGUUUCUGUUUUCUGGGGAAUGAUGUUAGGAUCAAGUACAAAAUAUGUUUUUUGUUUUUUUUCUAAAACAAAGAAUCUUCAAGAUUAGAACACAAAAUGUUGAUUCUUACUACGCAUAAAAAUAAAGAUCAAAACAGAUACUGACGAAACACACAAACACACA